GAAGUUAGCAAAAAAUUAAAGGAAGAAGAAAAAGAGAGAUGGGAAACAAUUCAAGAGCUAUUUUCUCUUUAGUCUUAGUUGUAGCCUUAUGUGCUGCAAUUCUAAUCACUCCGGGAACAGCUCAUGAACAACCACCGCGCUUGCAAUCUCCUCCGGAUUUUCCUAUUGAUUUGGAAAAAUGUUGGUCAUCUCUUUUCAAUACUCAAGGAUGCAUAUUGGAGGUCUUCAAGUCAGUUUUUUCUGGUCAGUUUGGAAAUGUUGGAGUGACAUGUUGCAAAGCUUUCUCGACCAUAGAUGCUAACUGUUGGCCUCAUAUGUUUCCGUUAAACCCAUUCUUUCCCCCUCUUCUUAAGGACAACUGUGCGCACAUUGUCCCCAAUUCCUCCACAAACAAGUGAAAGCGGGAGAAUGAAGUGACUUGAGGCUUUAUAAAGUCGAGUUAGUUUUAUUAGAAACCUAAGGAUAUCUUUCCAUUCAUGUUCCUAGUGUCUUAUGAAUA